AUGUCUAGUCCACCAUAUAAUAGCAGAAUUUCGCGAAACUCAAGAAAGAGACAAAAUGAACAUCACGAUGAUGAUGACGAUAUUGUUGCAGGAGGUUCACAUUCAUAUAAUCAUAGGUCGUCGCCAGUACAUCAACCAUCGUCACCUUUAGCUUCUUCACCUCAACAUCAACAACAAUUACCCUCAUCACCUGCUAUCCCAUUUGAUGCUGGUUUAGAUGAUGACGACGAUGAAGAAAUUCAAAAUGAUAUUGCUGAUUUGAAUCCAUCAGAUGAAGAAGAUGGUGAUGAUUUAAUGGAUAAUUUGGAAAAUGAUUACAGGGCUAACCCUGAACAAGAUCAAUACGAUUUAGGAGAUGGUAAUAUUGACGAUACUCAAGAAUAUGAUGAAAUGGAUGCAGCAACAAGAAGAAGAAUUGAUGAACAAUUGAAUAGAAGAGAUGCUAUUUUGAAUAAUGCUAAUCGUUCAAGAAGUGGUGCAUUUUUGGAUGAUGAGGAAGAAAAUGACGGUUUAGAUGGUAUGGAUCAAUAUGGUUUACCUAUUCAAAGAAGAAGAAGAAGACAACAACAUGAUGAAGAUCAAGACGAUAUGAUGGAUGAUAUUGAAAUUGAUCCAUUUAGUGAAGAAUUGUCUUUGGAGAGUUUGACAGAUGUGAAAGCGCCCAGUAUUACUGAAUGGAUCUUACAACCAGCUGUAAGUAGAUCUAUUGCACGUGAAUUGAAAUCGUUUUUUUUGGAGUAUACUGAUGCUAAUGGUGAAUCAGUUUAUGGUAAUAAAAUGAGAACUUUAGGGGAGGUCAAUGCUGAAUCAUUGGAAGUUAGUUAUAAAGAUUUAGCUGAUUCUAAAGCUAUAUUGGCGAUCUUUUUGGCUACAAGUCCCGAGGAGAUGUUAAAAAUAUUUGAUAUUGUUGCUAUGGAAGCAGUUGAAUUGCAUUACCCAAACUAUUCCCAAAUUCAUCAAGAAGUGCAUGUCAGAAUUAUUGAAUAUCCUACAUUGUUGAACUUGCGUGAUUUAAGAGAAAAUAAUUUAAAUCAAUUGGUUAAGGUAUCCGGGGUUGUUACUAGAAGAACUGGAGUUUUCCCACAAUUGAAAUAUGUCAAAUUUGAUUGUCUUAAAUGUGGAGUUGUUUUAGGUCCAUUCAUUCAAGACUCAAACAGUGAAAUGAAGAUUUCAUUUUGUACCAAUUGUCAAAGUAAAGGUCCAUUCAAGAUGAAUUCGGAAAAGACCUUGUAUAGGAAUUAUCAAAGAAUCACAUUACAAGAAGCUCCAGGUACCGUCCCAGCAGGUAGAUUACCAAGACAUAGAGAAGUCAUUUUGUUGUCUGAUUUAGUUGAUGUUGCCAAACCGGGAGAAGAGAUUGAAGUUACUGGUAUAUAUAAAAACAAUUAUGAUGGUAAUUUAAAUGCCAAGAACGGAUUCCCGGUUUUCGCCACCAUUAUUGAAGCCAAUUCCAUUAGAAGAAAAGAAAGUAGUGCAUUUAUGGGUGGCAACAAUUUGGUUAACAUUUGGACUGAAGAAGAAGAACGUGAAUUCCGUAAAUUAUCGCGGGAACGUGGAUUAAUUGAUAAAAUUAUUUCAUCAAUGGCACCAUCAAUUUAUGGUCAUAAAGAUAUCAAAACUGCUAUUGCUUGUUCAUUAUUUGGUGGUGUUGCUAAAAACGUUAAUGGUAAAUUAUCCAUCAGAGGUGAUAUCAAUGUCUUGUUACUAGGUGAUCCAGGUACUGCCAAAUCACAAAUUUUGAAAUAUGUUGAAAAAACCGCAAGUCGUGCUGUUUUCGCCACUGGUCAAGGUGCAUCUGCCGUGGGUUUAACUGCAUCAGUAAGAAAAGACCCCAUUACUCGUGAAUGGACUUUGGAAGGCGGUGCAUUGGUGCUUGCUGAUAAGGGAACAUGCAUGAUUGAUGAAUUUGAUAAAAUGAAUGAUCAAGAUCGUACUUCCAUUCAUGAGGCCAUGGAACAACAAAGUAUCUCCGUUUCAAAAGCUGGUAUCGUCACUACUUUGCAAGCACGUUGUGCUAUUAUUGCUGCUGCUAACCCUAAUGGUGGUAGAUAUAACUCCACAUUGCCAUUGUCACAAAAUGUCAACUUAACCGAACCAAUCUUGUCACGUUUUGAUAUCUUGUGUGUUGUUCGUGAUUUAGUCAAUCCUGAAUCAGAUGAAAGAUUGGCUAGUUUUGUUAUUGAUUCACAUAUGAGAUCACAUCCAGCUAAUGCUGAUGGAGUUAUUAAUGAUGGCGAUGAAGAAGAUAUUGUUGAAUCUAAUGCAUCGGCUAAAACCAAAGAUGAAAGAUUAGCCGAAUUGAAACAACAAAAAGAACAAGAAAUAUCACCCAUCCCACAAGAUCUAUUGAUUAAGUACAUCCAAUAUGCUCGUGUUAAGGUACAACCGAAAUUACAUCAAAUGGAUAUGGAUAAAGUUGCCAAAGUAUAUGCUGAUUUGAGGAAAGAAAGUAUAUCUACUGGAUCUUUCCCUAUAACCGUGCGUCAUUUGGAAAGUAUUUUAAGAAUUGCUGAAUCAUUUGCCAAGAUGAGAUUAAGUGAUUUUGUCAGUCAAAAUGAUUUGAAUCGUGCUAUAAAGGUGAGUAUUGAUAGUUUCGUUGGUGCGCAAAAAGUUACCGUUAAGAAACAAUUGCAAGCCAAGUUUCAAAAGUAUACUUUGCCUACUAGAACCAGGUAA